CCUUUGGUUGUGCAACACCUGGCAGUGAAUGGUUGGGACUGUAAAGUGCCACAGAAACUGGGAGAUGCACGCAAUCAGCGAGAAGCUCUUUCACUGUUUCUUCUUCUUCUACAGAAAGCUUUGAAGAGUUUUUAGCAGUAUUCAUUCUCUCUAUUUAUUACUAUUUAUAAAUUUUAAAAAAAUGGCGACGCCGUUUCUGGCUGGGCUAGCAAUAGCAGCAGCAGCACUGGCUGGGAAAUACGGGGUCCAGGCAUGGCAAUCAUUUAAAGCAAGACCACCAAAGCCUAGAAUACGCAAAUUUUAUGAUGGAGGGUUUCAGCCUAAAAUGACGAGAAAAGAAGCUGCUCUUAUUCUUGGCAUUAGCAGAGAAAAUGCUGGAGCAGAGAAGGUGAAAGAAGCACAUAGAAGAGUGAUGGUAGCAAACCAUCCUGAUGCGGGUGGUAGCCACUACCUUGCUUCAAAAAUCAACGAGGCUAAAGACGUGAUGCUUGGCAAGACAAAGGAUGGCGGAUCUGCAUUCUGAUCUUUCUUCAACAUGCCCUACUGCUUGCUCGCUGCCUGUUGCUCAUAACACUGAAUAUAGGGUUUCUUUUCUUUUCAAAGCACAAGAAACUGUGAGUUACUGCAAUGUGUGCUCUUCUUGCCUCUUCACUAGCCAUUUAGUACUGUGGCUAGGAGUUCAAUAGCUGCAAAUCCUUCAGCGACGAGAUUUGUUGCUGCAAUUCUUGGUGAUGAUGACGAUUAAAAUGUGUAUUCAGACAUCUGUUACUUUUAUUAGUUAUCUUUGAGAGUCCAACAUGAAGUAUCUGGUUUACACCGAGCCUUCAACUGACGGUAAAAUUGCUUGUGCGGUGCACUGCGGGUUGUUAUUAGGAAUUCAAGUUUCUUAACCUGCAGGAAGACUGGGUGCCCUACACCGCCUCUAUGAGAAACGGAUCGUUUGGUAUGCAACAAUUGUUAUUUUUAUCAGAACCUGUCAGACACCACAUUUAAUACAAUAGCAUGUUUUUUGUGGUCA